AUGCCCUCAACACCCUCUCACAAAGGGGCUGCCUGUUCUGACUGCAAAGGGCCCCUGGAGGAUGGAGUGACCGCCACCUGUGGACACACCUUCUGCCGUCUGUGCCUCCCCCCGCCCUCCCAGAUGGGAGCCCAGCCCUCUGGCAGGGUCCUGCUCUGUCCCCUCUGCGAGGAGAAGGAGCAGACAGAGACCCUCUUGGUCCCCGUGCCUCUGGGCCCUCUGGGGGAGACUUACUGCGAGGAGCACGGUGAGAAGAUCUACUUCUUCUGUGAGAAUGAUGCCGAGUUCCUCUGUGUGUUCUGCCGGGAGGGACCCUCCCACCAGGCCCACACCGUGGGCUUCCUCGAUGAGGCCAUCCAGCCCUACCGGGAUCGUCUCAGGAGCCGGCUGGAAGCCCUGAGUGUGGAGAGAGAUGAGAUUGAAGCCAUGAAGAGUCGGGAAGAUCAGAAGCUCCAAAUGCUCCUGACUCAGAUUGAAAGCAAGAAGCAGCAGGUGGAAGGAGCUUUUGAGAGGUUGCAGCAGGAGCUGGGGGAACAGCAGUGUCUCUUGCUGGCCAGGCUGACGGAGCUGGAGCGGCAGAUCUGGAAGGAGAGGGACAAGUAUAUCUCAAAGCUCUCCGAGGAAGUCACCCGGCUUGGAGCCCAGGUCAAGGAGCUGGAGGAGAAGUGUCAGCAGCCAGCAAGUGAGCUUCUACAAGAUGUCAGAGUCAACCAGAGCAGAUGUGAAAUGAAAACUUUUGUGAGUCCAGAGGCCAUUUCUCCUGACCUUGUCAAAAAGAUCCGUGAUCUCCACAGGAAAAUACUCACCCUCCCAGAGUUGAUGAGGGCGUUCUCAGAAAACUUGGUGCAUCAUCUGGAAACAUAUUCAGGGGUUGUCACACUGGACCCUCAGACCGCCAGCCGGAGGCUGGUCCUCUCCGAGGACAGGAAGUCAGUGAGAUACACCCGGCAGAAGCAGAACCUGCCAGACAGCCCUCUGCGCUUCGAGGGUCUCCCGGUGGUGCUGGGCUCCCCCGGUUUCUCCUCCGGGCGCCACCGCUGGCAGGUGGAGGUGCAGCUGGGAGCCGGCGGCGGCUGCACGGUGGGCGUGGUCGGGGAGGAGGUGAGGAGGAAGGGGGAGCAGGGCCUGAGCGCGGAGGAGGGCGUCUGGGCCGUGAUCCUCUCGCACCAGCAGUGCUGGGCCAGCACCAGCCCGGGCACCGACCUGCCACUGAGCGAGGUUCCGAGCCGCGUGGGCGUCGCCCUGGACUACGAGGCGGGGCGCGUGACCCUGCUCAACGCCGAGACCCGGGCGCCCAUCUUCACCUUCACCGCCUCCUUCUCCGGCCAAGUCUUCCCUUUCUUCGCUGUCUGGAAAAAAGGUUCCUGCCUUACGUUGAAAAGCUGA